AUGUCAUCAGCAUCUACGGCUUCUCUUCUGCCUUCUCCCGGCCCAUCAUCCGCUUCCAUCUCAUCACCUAGGAGCGUUGCACCGAGGCUUGCUGCGUCGCCCUCGUCUUCUUCCCUUUCCUCCAUCAAGCCCGCGCAGCCCAGGAGUCAUAGCUCGAGGAUCGAACCCUCCCCUCUAGCUUCUGCUGGUCAAGCGCUCAGAGCUGCUCCGUCCGCUCCUGCAACGUCGUCGCAAUCGCCAGUCAAGCGCAAACUGUCAACAUCGAAUCCGAGCCUGGCAGCUGCUUCGAUUGCCCCUGCGGCCACAGCGGCUCCUUCGGUUCCCAUAAUCAAGAAGGACACCAGCGGUCCACUCGUUCAGCCAUCCAAGGAAUGGGUCCUCCCUGCUCGCGCAAAGCCCGGUCGCAAGCCAUCCGAGACCGAGCCCCUCACCAAACGCAAGGCCCAAAAUCGCGCUUCACAGCGCGCUUUCCGAGAGCGCAAGCAGUCCUACCUCGCAGACCUUGAAGCAAAGGUCGCUGCCUACGAAGCUGCCGAGAUCGACCGCAGUGUCGAGAUCCAGAAGGUCGCCCAGAAGCUCAGCUCGGAAAACGACACUCUCAAGAAGGAGCUUGCCGUCUGGAGGGACAAGUAUGCGCAGCUUGAGAAGCUCCUCAUGCACAUCCGUGCUACCGGAAGAGUACCCAACGUCGUGCCAAGCGUCAAGUCAGGGCCCGGCUGCAAGGCUCCCGCACACGAAAAGUCAGGCGUUGUUCCGAAGCGGGGCGUUCUCGUCGCGCCAGGGACCAAGCCCAGCAAGGACAAAGACCGUAGCGCCGGCGGCGUCCGCUUCGCCGAAGACUCGCCAUCUCAGGCGCAAUCGUCUCCCGCAGAGUCUCCGGCUGCUUCUGUGCCGCUUCGUCGUCGUCCCUCUGCCACUUCUUCUGCCUCUCCUCAAGUCAGUUCGUCAGUGGUGUCUGCCACUUCCCCGACAGGCACGUCUGCAAGCUCAGCUACCGCGUCUGGCCCUGUUCAGGUGAACAUCGAGAAGCCAGUUUCAAUCACAUCGGCGCCACUACCCAAAGGCGUCAAGCCUCCUCUUUGGUCGUUCGAACAGCCUCAUCCAUCUUCAUCGUCCGUCGGCCACGACGCCAAGUCUGACAAGACAUCUUCGCUCUCCUCGCCCUCGUUGCUUCCAGAAGGCAAACACCUUUCGGUCGACGGUGGAUGUGGAUUCUGCACCGAGGCUUCACCCUGCGUGUGUGCAGACGACUUCUUGGAUCUCCCCUCGGACUCGCAGCCGUCGCACAUUGCCGUUACCAGCGAUGUUCCGUCAGCCGUUCCCCUACCCAAGCACUCGAACGCCUCGACAUCCUCUUCGAGUACUUCUGCCACAAGUACGGCGAGGAGGAUGAGCAUUGGCUCGCUCACCCACGCGAAGGAUGUCAACCUCGACCAGCGCAAGCGCGGAGCAGGCAAACUGUGGUACACUGUCAAUCAGCCAGACUCGCCUCCCCGGGCACCCACCACAGAUGGUACCGCUGCUCCGCUCAAGAUUCGACGACCGACAUCCUCGUCGAAAGCUGGAAAGAAGCUGUGGGCCCUGGCUCCUGCCGUCGAGCCGGUGUGCACGGGCGACCCUAGCACUUGUGGCGCUUGUCAGACUGAUCCCGGUCUCGCUGCGUUCUGCGAGGCCGUGACAACGGCUGCGUCUGCACCUUCAUCAUCAACUUCCACUACUCCUCCGAGCGGCGUUUCGGCUUCACCUACACGCCCGGGUAUGCUUCGCUCCGGUACGACGGGUCGACUUGGUCCAUCGUCUGUAUAUGCUUCCACGGCGCAAACGGGCGGCGAGACGAUUCCGUCGGCGUGGCGCCAGAUCCGCUCGCACCCGCGAUUCGCACAGUGGCAGGGCGGACUGGACCUUCUCGCCGAAGUGGUGAGCAAGCGCAGCGGAAAUGUGCGCUCGCCUCUCCUCUCCAAUCGUUCGCGCGAAGAUUCGGUCGAGUUUGAACCACCGACUUCGGCGACGGCGACGACUUCGAUGGCGACUAGCAACGACCGUGCCACGUCCAAGCCACUUCUCCUGCACACGGCCUCUGAUACUACCAUCCAUGCUCCGUCGCCUGUCAAGCGCGAGCAACGCGAGGAGGAUGAAGAAAGCAGGGACGCAAAGAGGAGACGCAUCGUCGUGGACAGAGAGGCUGUGCAGGAAGCCCUCGCGCUCCUCGACGCCGGCACUGCAGCUCAACCCCGCGUCGGUCCUGCUGGCGUAGUGGCAUCGCCGAAGGAUGAGCCGUGUCCGUGCCCCUGGAGGCCAGGAGACAAGCACUCACAUUAA